AUGUCGGAUGGCGACUCUCAAUCCUACUCUCAAGGCGCGGCCUAUCCCUGGGUCCUCGAGCAUCUGCUCACUUAUCCCGGGACUUAUGAGAUCCCCCUGCGAACCAUGUAUACUCUGAAUGCCACCACCCAAAACCCCCAGCAAUGCUCGCCUCUUGCCGUCUCUCCCAAAGUUGCCGGCAAUGCUUUUCCUCGUCAGCCUAAUGUUGCCGUGGACGACCCACAAUCUAUGACCACAGUUACCGCUGCUGCCCAGCUUCGAGCAAAUCUCAUGGCUCAUAUCUCUCAAUUACCCUCUCAACCAACUUCACUACCUCCCAGCUUCAUCACAAGCUUUGUACGCCGCUGUUUCCCUCCCGAACUGGACCAGGUCGACUUCCCCCAAGCUCUGACGGCAAUGGACUACCUCAAGGACCUUGAGAUUCGGAGACGUCGAGAGGUGGUUGCGGCACUCGACAAACUCGGCAUAGACCGAGAAGAUAUCUCGCAUCGAGACAAGAUUGCACGAAAAUACCCCGGCGUUCUACGCUGGGUCAUGGACAUUGAAGACAAAGAACGUAAGGUCGAAGCCCUUUAUACCCAGGUCUACAUUGGUCUAAGACGCUGGACCCUGAUCAAUGAGCUUUCCUUGAAUCCUUUCAAUAAGUCUAACUGCAUUGCCAUGCUCAACACUCUUUACCCACCGGUGUCUCCCACUCAAUUUGUUGCACCCACCGCUCAACUAACCCCCCAAAUUCUGUCGAGUCAGCGGUCUGGAUUCUUUCGUUACAUUACUGCCGUGGAAAAAAGCGGUACGUCUGUUCUGAGCAGCCUAAUUGACCAGAACAAGAAACCUGGAGAGACCACAGGAUGGACCAGCCUCCGAGAUACCUUGGAUAGCUAUGUUCGCAUGGCUAACAGUGUUAUUGAUGAGUGCAAUGAAAUUACUGGACGUGGGCAUUCUCCCACGAGCUCAUCAUUCAGCUCAAUGCUUGAGUAUGACGAUGAGGGCAGACGGAAGAUUGAUUCAGCCAUCUCUUUUGGCUCGGCCAAUUCGUCUAAUCGCAACUCGGGCCAAAGCCAUGCUACGCGCCCCAGUACAAGCAGCAGUUUUAGUGUUGGCAGUCAAGCAAAUGGCCACAGCCGUCAGGUAUCAAGAGAAAAGCAGAACUUAGACAAGCCUCUCCCUUCGCCCAAGGACGAUGAGGAGACAGUCACUCAAAAACCAUCAGGAUCCACUCUGGAGCGAAUCGCUCGCGAACUGCGCAAGAUCAAGAGUCGUAACACUAUCAAGGAUGAGGUGCAACGACCCAGAACAGCGUCGGUGCCUGCAGCUACAGCAAUGAUGGAGGUUUCCGAACCACCAAACACCACAGCAUCCUCCAAGGAGCGAGGGCUCAGAAUGAAACGCAGCAUCCGCCGAAUGAGAUCACACACCAAUGUUUUGGAUGUUGUACGUCCACAAAGUCGAAGUGAUGAACACCCAACACAAGUCGUUCCAGACUAUGAUGCAGCCUUGAUGAGAAAGCGUCGAGAUGAAUGGGAAGCACAUCAGAGGUCGGCCAGCAAAGCAACCAUGGAAUCGGAGUUAAUUUGA